AUGACCGAAGGCGCAGCCUCAUUUAGCAAGGAGACAAUUCAAUUCUACAAAGAAUACACGGGCGUGAAUGAUGUCCACAAUCUAGAGAACCACUUGAUGACAAUCCAACAGAAAUUAGCCAAGCAAGGACGGAUUAAUUAUCGCUGCAUACAGCGAUUCAAGUUUGCCUUCUCGAGAAUAUACGAGCGAUUCUUUUAUAAAGACCUAAUCAAGCUUGGACAGACACUUGAACAACAGCAUCAAAAACCAUAUUUUCUAGACAUUGGCUGCUGUACAGGUACAGAUUUACGGAAAAUGAUGCUAGAUGGAUACCCGAAGAACUAUUUGAUUGGCAUGGAUAUUGAGCAAUGCUACAUUGAUUGCGGAUAUGAGCUAUUUAAAGACAAUCCAGAUACCUGCCCGAUUCGAUUCAUUAUAGACGACUUAUUUACCUUUCAAAAGACACAUGUUCUAUGUGAUACCAUCUCGAUUGUGCACGCUGGAAGUGUACUCCACUUGUUUGAUCUCGACCAAAUCGUGCAAUUUAUUCAUAGAGCGACAUGGCUUCUAAAGAUUGGUGGAAUUCUAGUCGGUGGGCAUGUGUGUGCUGACAGAUCGACUCAGUACUUUAGACAAGCAACAAAGUCAUUAAAAUAUUACAUGGCAAUAGACGAAUUUGAGCAGAUUUUGAUAAAGGAAGGCUUUACUGAUAUCAGAAUGGAGACACAGCCAAGAAUAGCAGAGGAGGAUGACGAAGAACGGGAUUUUACGGCUUACUGGGUGUCGUUUUAUGCUGUCUACAACCCAAUAGAACACUAG